AUGGGAAACCAUGGAGAUGAUAUGUUCACAAUUGCAGAGCUUCCCACAUACAGCAGCCCUAAACCCUUCACCCUUGGGCACGAUGGCUCUCCAGGCUCAUCUAUCAGCAGAAUAAGCAAAGAUGCAAUCGUGAACAUUCACGACGCUCGAAGCUCAGCAUCGCAAAGUAGCAUUGGCGAGAAGCAAAAUGCAUCCCGAUUUUCUGUCCAAGAAGAAGCUGCGACUCUCCCGAGUCACGGCCAAAAGCCCAAAACAUCUACCUCUCUCGGCAUUCGCAACAAUUUUGGAAGAUGCUCGAAUUUUAUACACGAAUGGACACCCUGCCUCCUUGUCAACUCAUACUUCGUCUCAUCUAUCUUCGCGUAUAUGCUGUUUCCAACGAAACUCCUUGAAGUUUUCUGGUUCAUUUACAAUUUUACCAAUUUCAUCAUUGCUGCGUCUACGGCUUUGGAGGCAUUUAUCAGCAUGGAACCUUCUCGUGAGGCUCGUGUCGCAGUUACCAAGGCCGCUGAAAAAGGCUGGAAAUUCCCUACCCCAGACGAUGAAUUAUUGAUCUUGGACAUGGUCAUCGUUGCAUAUCUUCCUAAUGAAAAAGACAUCAUCAUGGAUCGAAUCAAUUAUGCGUGCACAAAACUGGAAUAUCCAGCUGACAAGAUCCGCAUCAAUAUCGUUUACAACACGCCUGUUCCAAUUCUACCUCUCGAGGAUGAAAUGUGGGAAGCAGCCGCCAAAUAUCCCCAGCUUCGGAUCAUUAAAGUUGAAGGCUCCACAUCCAAGGCCGACAAUCUCAAUUAUUACCUAAGUCUAGACACUGGUUCUGACAUCACUGCUGUUUAUGAUUGUGAUCAUUACAUGCAUCCUCAUGGUCCUCGAUGGGCCAUUGAGCGAUUUAUGAAGGACAAGGAGAAGGUUGAUAUCGUUCAAGGCCGUUGCAUCGUUUUCAACACCGGCGCUUCUUUCCUCACUAGUCUCAUCAGCAUAGAAUUUGACAAAAUUUAUGCCGUCUCGCAUCCUGGAAGAGCCACCAUCUGGGGUUUCGGUCUAUUCACGGGAUCCAAUGGAUUCUGGCGAACACCACUUCUUCGAGAAAUGAAGAUGGAUGAGACUAUGCUGACUGAAGAUAUCGACUCUGCGCUUCGUGUUGUAGCCAGGGGAUGCAAUACUGUUCACGAUCUUAACGUUGUAUCAUAUGAAUUAGCACCUACAACCUUUGGGGCUUUCUGGAAACAACGUUUAAGAUGGGCACAAGGAUGGGCACAAGCAAGUUUGAAGCAUUCAAUCUUGACCUUCAACCAAGCCAAGCAAGGGAAGAGAAUCUUCACCACCAGAUUUGGACUUCUCAAUUUGUUGCUCAUUCGUGAGUUGAGUUACUAUUUGGUCACGCAAUUUGCAUGCUUGGUGGCAAGCUUCAUUCUUCUCAAUUUCCCCCUCACCCCAGCCGCGUUCUGGAAAACGAUCUUCUUCCAAUAUCCAAUUUCCGAGUGGUUUUUCUUCGUCAGUAUUUUCUGUCUGAUUGCCACACUUUGGAUCACCAAUCAAGUCAAAUCUGAAUAUGCAUCACGAUGGAUGAUCGUCAAGUUCUCGAUUGCGUAUCCAUUUUAUCUGUUAUUUUUAGCAACGAUUGGUCUAUUUGGACACGCUCGUCAAUUGGUCAAAUAUUCAUCUUGGAAUCCGACUGCGAGAGCCUAG